AUGAUGGGAUGCAGGCGCCUACAUCAGAUCACAAAUCUUCGUCCUUAUGUUCUAAAGGCACAACAAUUGUCCUGCUUCUGCGAGGAGUGCAUGGAGGAGAGAUUUGAAGGCUGCCUAAACACAGAUCACAUUGGGAAGUUUGCAACGCGGAAAUUGAAGCUGAAGCAUGCAGAGCAUGAACCAGCACGAGAACGACCAGACCUGGUACAAGCAGACCGAGCAACUGAUGUUUCAAUACAAGCAAGAGCUAGAGAGGACAGGGUACCAGCUGGACGACCAAGAGAUGUUCCCGUACAAGCACUACGUAGAGGGGACAAACUACCAGUCGGAAAACCAACAGAUGUUCCCGUACAAGCAAGAGAUAGAGAAGACCCAGUUCCAGCUGAAAAACCUGCUAGGGAACCUCAGAUUGAAAUGCAGCCUUCCAACAAGGACCAAGCAGCUCCAGUUGAGGUGACUCGUGGCCAAUUUGUGGCCAUUAGACUUACAAGUCUCCGCGGAAGAGGUUCUUGGUACAUAGGAAAGGUUUUGGAAAUCAGAGAUGAGCAUGUUAAAGUGACCUACCUCACUAAGACUGGAUCAUACUACUCAUGGCCUGCAGUGGAGGAUGUGUCCUGGCAGAUGCAGGAUGACAUACUCUGCACAGUGUCACCUGAUAUUAACAUUACAGGGACAAGAUUCAAACUGUCUUUAAUGACAUCUGAAGAAGAUAAGAUUAUCAGGAAGUUCCUCGCUACCAAUGAAGCAUAAAAUGUUCAAUCAUUUUUAUACGUCCGCCUGCGGGCCGUAUUAUGGUAUCACGCUUGGUGUCCGUCUGUCCGUCCGUUAACUUUUCCUUGUAAACGCCAUAACUUCAGUUUAACUUAAAGGCCAAGUAUAAUUUUGGUACAACCGAAAAAGUUUUUAUCAGUCUUUUGAAAAAUGAAGCAUUCAGACUCCAGACACCGGCAAAUGAGAUCAAAUCCACCCAAAAUCACUGCUAAUGACGAAUUAUAAGUAGUCAACAAAUGGCCACUAGAGGGAGUUUUGUAGAUAAAGCUAUGGUGAAAAUCUUGGCGACAUCCUGAGUUUUUAGAACUUAUUACCCAAA